ACACACAACUACUUUCCAUUCAUUUCCAACACUCUCCAUCAUCAGCUCUGUAUAUAUUCUCACAGACUCUGAUAUAUAGCUUAAUUAGCUUGCUUCUUGUUCCCUUCCAUGGCGGAUGAUCAAUUUCAGGCUACUGGAAAUUGGUGGGACUCCUGUUCAAGAAAUGUGAGAUUCGAAUCCCAAUCUUCUUCCUCAAACCUCACCACCUCCUUCGUCCCCAACUUCACUUGGAACAAUAUGGAUCAUCAUCAUGACCUCAAGCCUGGCUCUUCCAUCUCUGAUUCUCCCAUGAUCAUGGGCUUAGGCCUCUCCUCAAACCCCAUGGAUUGGAACAAUCAACCCUCACAUAAUAAUCUCCUAAGAGCAGAGAAUAAGGGGGUCUCCGAUGGCCGAUUCAGACCCAUGCUUCAAGAGAAUCUGGGUUCUCAAGAAAGUGGGAUGGGUUUAUCUCAUCAUCAACAAGUUGAGUGGAGAGAGAAACUAUUGUUUUCAACAGAUUCAUCUUCAACUACGACUGAGCAGUACAGUACUACUUCCGGGGAUAGUAUAGUGACGACCAGCCAAGGCUUAGCUUGUAGUUUCCACAUGGAUUCUAAUUCUUAUUCUGCUGCAAAUCCUUCAAUAUUACAGGGAAUAUUAGCUCCUGAAGCUUCUUCUUCCUCUUCCUCCUUCGACAAUAACCACAAUCGUGCCUGCUUCAAUAACUUUCCCUAUGGAUCUAACAAUAAUGAUCAGCUAAUGGCUUCUAAUUGGCCUAAGGUUUCUCAGUUUCUUAGGGCUUCGCCGCCGAAACAAACCCAACAUCACGGUGGUGGUUGUGGUGGUAAUAGCCAGUUGCAGUUUACGAACAACACAACCUUCUGGAACGCUUCUGAAGCUCCUCCUCAUCAUCAUCAUCAAGCCGCCAUUAAAGAACCUCGAGCUUCCUUCUUCCCUUCCCUGCAGCCUCCUUUUCACUCGCCGAAUUUUGAUGCACAAUCAAAGAAUAUUUGUGGAGGAAGAGAAACGAAUAGUGUGGGGAAGAAAAGUGGUGGAGAAGCAGCACCAAAAAGGGCGAGAAACGAAACCUCAUCGACUUUGCCACCUUUUAAGGUGAGAAAAGAGAAGAUGGGGGACCGGAUUACUGCUCUUCAGCAGUUGGUUUCGCCUUUUGGGAAGACUGAUACAGCCUCAGUGCUGUCUGAAGCCAUCGAGUACAUCAAAUUCCUCCAUGAACAAGUCUCUGUUUUAAGCACCCCAUAUAUGAAAAGUGGAGCUCCGCAGCACCAACAGAGUUCUGGGAAAUGUAAGGACGGGGAAGCCCUAAAACAAGACCUGAGAAGCCGAGGGCUGUGUUUGGUGCCGGUUUCAAGCACUUUUCCAGUAACUCAUGAAACCACUGUUGAUUUUUGGAUGCCAACUUUUGGAGCCACUUUCAGAUAGUUAAUUCCUACGAAAUUUUUAUUACCUAAUUGAUAGAUUGAAUCAUCUACGAUUCUAGAAAGAAUCUUAUCAUCAGGUCAGAUUGGAAAUGAUGAAAUGAUAGCGAGGAGGAACACUAAAGAAGGACACAGAGGCCACACAAAUUUGUCAAGUUGUUGAUUGUGCUCAUGGAAGAGAAGAACGGAAGGGAAAGGAGAGGAAAGGAAAAGAAAAGAAAGGAAAAGGAGAGUGUUGGAAAAUGUGUUGAAAGAGAAAGAAAAGGAAAUGACCCUCCAAAAGAGAGGCCUUUGUUGAGCCAUCUGCAUGCAGAAUGAUGCAACAUUGGGACCAUUAAUUAUACUUCUUAACUUGUCAUUAUAGUUGGAGAAUCAUGCUUAAUUAGGGGAUUAAUUAUAGGAAGAGAUUAAUUAAUCAAAGGGAGAAUUGUUGUUUUAUAUUUAGAAGAAGAAGAUAAAGAAGGUUUGAUUUUUAUUGUUACUAGUCUUUGAUGAAUUGAUUAGAUUUGUCCAUGGCACUUGAUGAUGAUAUAUUGUAUGCUUUUGAUUUUGAUUAAUGAAAGGAAACAAGAGAGAAGAUUUGAUUUGAA